AUGGAAGACUUCCAUGAUAGACUCUUCAAUCUCAUUCCUAUCGGGAACCCACCUGAACACCCAAGAUCACCCGACCCAUCCUCUGCUUUAGACAUGCGAGUUGAAGAUGUGCAUCCCACUGCAGGCAAGGUGAUACGUAUGGAUGAAAUGGUGCAUCAGAGAUGGAGGAGAGAAUUUGGAGGAUCUGAUACCAACGGAGACGUGGUGAUGGAAGAUUUGGGAGAGGGGACAUCCAUGAAGACAAACAUGUUUGCACCAUUUGAGUCUGAGCUAGAGUGGAGAAAUGACCCAGAGCACAAACAUAUCAUCUAUCAUCGGAAUCCGAUUGACGCUGUCAAGACAUUACUUGGAAAUCCAGCACACGCAAAUGAUAUUGUCUAUAGACCCAAGAGAGUUUUCACCAAUGCUUCUAGGGAUAGUAGGAUCUACAAUGAGAUGUGGACUGGGGACUGGUGGAACACUGUCCAAGACAGACUUCCAGCAGGGUCUUGUGUGGCUCCAGUCAUCAUCGCCACUGACAAGACCCAGCUCACCCAGUUUGCUGGCGACAAGACUGCCUACCCUGUCUACCUUACCUUGGGGAACCUUCCCAGAGCCAUUAGACGGAAACCAUCCCAGCAUGCCUGUAUCCUUGUUGCAUACCUUUCUGUCAGCAAGAUGGUUGGCGCUGAGCUCAGCAAGAAACAAAAAUCUACCCGCAUUCAACAGCUCUUCCAUGACUCUAUGUGGAUAGUUUUGGAGCCACUAAUAGAAGCAGGAAAAAGCGGUGUUGAGGUGACUGGAGGAGAUGGUAAAGUGCACAUGGUGCACCCGAUACUGGCUUGCUAUGUGGCAGAUUACCCAGAGCAGUGCCUGGUAACUUGUGCUAAAUACGGGACCUGUCCCAAGUGCGAGGUGGAUGAUAGCCAGAUGGGAGAUGGAGAACCGGGUCCAUGGAGGACCCAAUGCAAAACCUCCAAGAUAAUAGAAGCUGCCAGGGCCAACUCUACAUCUAUCAGCAACUUUCAGGAGCGCUGCAAGCAGGACAAUGUAUCAGGAGGGGUGAGGCGCCCAUUCUGGGAGAGGUUCCCACAUUGCGACAUACACAUGUCCAUCACCCCUGAUGUACUACACCAGUUGUACCAGGGGGUGGUAAAGCACCUCGUCCACUGGUGCAGCAACGUGAUGACUGAAGCUGAGUUGGAUGCUAGGAUUAGAUCACUUCUGCCUUGUUUUGGUAUGCGACAUUUCAAGAACGGAUGGUCUCGCCUGGCUCAGAUAUCAGGGAAGGAGAGGAAAGACAUGGGAAGGAUACUUCUGGGGUGCAUAAUAGGGAAAGCUCCAUCUCAAAUGGUAGCCUGUUAUCGAUCACUACUGGAUUUCAUAUAUAUAUCUCAAUAUCCUUCACACAACAAGGACUCUCUGGGUUAUCUUCAAGUGGCCUUAGAGCAGUACCAUGCCAACAAGUGCAUCUUGAUUGAUCUAGGCAUCCGCGAUCACUUCAACAUCCCUAAGCUGCACUCCAUGCAGCAUUAUGCUGAGUGUAUUAGAGAUUUUGGUACUACUGAUAAUUACAACACAGAAAUGUUUGAGCGUUUCCACAUUGACUAUGCAAAGGAGGGGUGGAGGGCUACCAAUUUCAGGGAUGAACUACCACAGAUGACUCAGUGGUUGAGUCAUCAGGAAAAGGUCGCAAUGUUUGAAACCUACUUGAAGGACUAUCAUCGGACUGAAAUGGCCAGGAGGAGAUAG